CAAAAAGAAAAUGAAAAAAGGAACAGUAACUAUAUAAUAAAAAACACAGAGAGAGAGAGAGAGGAGAAUUGAGGAAAUGGGAGGGAGCUGAGUCCACGUUGAAGUUUUUCUUUGUGCUCUCCUGUUUCUCUCUCCAGCGAGUUAUACCUGAACAAAGCUCCCACCUUUCGGUUCCUUCUCUUUUGGGGGGUGGGUUAUCAUUCCCUUUCAGGCUGUGGGGGGGGAGCAGUUUCCCCGAUUUUCAAUUCUCCAAUCUUCCAUUGUUUUUUCUUUUUUUCGGUUUUGGGUUGGGAUGAUUGGUGGGGCUUCCUGGUUCCUUUCUUGAUUCCACCCUCUUUCUUCCCACCUCCCCCCUCUUUCCUUCUUCUUCCCCUGAAUUCUUUUUAGCCGAUUCCCUCCGUUCCGGUGUGUCUUUUAAUAUUCUUUUUAUUUUUUAGGCCAGUACCUUUCCUGCGAAUUCACACCCCCACAUGCAUGUUGUUGGGUUUGUCUGAUCUGGGAUUGGAUCGCAAGGAUCCCCCCUUUGUUCUUUGUUUCCUUCUUCUUUCUUCUUCUCCUUCCUAGAGAGAGAAAGGAAAGAGAGGCGUGGGCUUUUUCAGGGACCUGGGUCUUUUUCGUGGGUCGUCGAAGAAGGAGGAGAAAGAAGUGCCAAAACGAAAGGGGAAGGUGAGAUUUCUUGGCUUUGGCCUGUUGGAUCUUCCCAACGUGGGGCCCACCGCACGAGAUUCUUUGCUUUGCGUUCUUGAUCUCAACCCAGUGGAAAAUUUGGAGCUCGUGAUUUCUAUGCCACCCUGGUUUUGUGAUUCGAGCUGGGUCAGAUUUGUUUAUGGGAAAAGGUUCGUCUUCACUUUCGCCGUUCUGGGUGGAAGAUAAUCGAAUUGGGUGUCUCAUGGUGGCUAACAUAGUUUUAGAUAGUUCUCUCUCGGUUUGAGGCUUUCAUUUUCUCUUGGCAUAUAAUUUUUAGUGUGGGGAUUAAUCGGGGUGUGGUGCUCGACCAAUGGCGGGAGUGGAUGCUUCGAAGUAUGCUCAUAGCCCUGUGCAUAAGGCUAUUGCCAUGAGAGAUUAUGCCAGUCUUAAGAAGAUCCUCGCUGGUCUCCCGCGCCUGUGUAAUCCAAACGAGAUUCGCACCGAAGCAGCUUCUCUGGCUGAGGAAGAGAAGGCCGAUGCCAUCUCUGCCGUGAUAGAUCGGCGUGACGUCCCGAAUCGCGACACUCCGCUCCAUCUGGCGGUCAAGUUGGGAGACGAGACGGCCACGGAGAUGCUUAUGGUCGCAGGGGCGGACUGGAGCUUGCAGAAUGAGCAGGGUUGGAGCGCACUCCAGGAAGCUAUUUGCAAUAGGGAAGAGGCUAUUGCGAUGACGAUAGUUAGGCAUUACCAGCCACUGGCGUGGGCGAAAUGGUGUAGAAGGCUGCCUCGGUUGAUAGGGACAAUGCACAGGAUGAGGGACUUCUACAUGGAAAUCACCUUCAAUUUCGAGAGUACUGUGAUUCCAUUUAUAUCAAGGAUUGCCCCUUCGGACACUUACAAAAUUUGGAAGAGAGGCGCGAAUUUGCGUGCGGACAUGACUUUGGCUGGAUUUGACGGUUUUCGAAUUCAGCGUGCGGAUCAGAGUAUUCUCUUUCUUGGUGAUGGGUCAGAGGACUGUAAAGUUCCUCCUGGUUCGCUUUGUAUGGUAUCGCACAAGGACAAGGAGGUGAUGAAUGCUUUGGACGGUGCUGGAUCUCAAGCAACUGAAGAAGAGGUUCGUCAAGAAGUGACUGCGAUGUCUCAGACAAAUAUAUUCAGGCCAGGGAUUGAUGUCACACAAGCAGUUCUAUUACCCCAGUUGACUUGGAGGCGACAGGAAAAGACAGAGAUGGUGGGCCAAUGGAAGGCAAAAGUAUAUGACAUGCACAAUGUAAUGGUGAGCAUCAAGUCCAGGAAGGUUCCAGGUGCUAUGACAGAUGAUGAGUUCUUCUCAUCUUGCAAUGAAAAUGAAACGGAAAACGAGGAGCUUAACGACCUUUUGACAGAAGACGAAAAAAAGCAACUUGAAGCUGCACUGAAGUUGGAUUCAUCAGAAUUAACGUGCGAGAGUGGCGAUGGAGUUAUUGGACAUCGCCAUAGUUGCUAUGAGAGGAGGGAGAUUCCUAUUGAAGAUAUGAAUGGUUGUACAAGUGGCGACAAUAAGCAGGAGAAGAAAGGAUGGUUUUCUGGAUGGAGGAAACGGGAUCCCAAGAAUGAAGUGAAUGGGAAACUUGCUCCUCCUAGGAGUUCUCUUUGUGUAGACAAGAAAGUGAGUGAUUUACUUGAAGAUUCACCAUCGAGGAAUCAAACCACACCUGGUAGGCAUUCUAUGGAGAUUGUUAUGAGGGGUGAUGAUCAUCGUAGAGGAAGAGAUAGCAGACCAUCAUCAUCUGCAAGCUCCGACAGCAACAACCGCCGCAAGGAUGGAGGGCGCGAGAGUGAGUAUAAGAAGGGGUUAAGGCCUAUUCUUUGGCUUUCUCCUAGCUUCCCUCUGCAGACGGAAGAACUCCUUCCUUUGCUCGAUAUUCUUGCCAACAAAGUCAAGGCCAUCCGUCGUUUAAGGGAGUUGCUUACAACAAAACUCCCGAUGGGCACUUUUCCAGUCAAGUCUGGCUCGUGGAUACGGAUGCAUGUUGGUUCUGUAUGUUGAUGAAAUGGGAGCACACAUGAGUUUUAAGAAAUGAAGUCACUCUUUUGGGCUGGACAUGCGUAAGUGUCGGAAUCUGUCUUGGCAGUUGGUUCAUGCUCAUUCUCAUUUUUGGUUGUAUGGCAUAAUAAAAUUGUAGAAACUUUCCAUAUCUUGUUUUGAGGAUAAGACCUCGUGCAUUUUGUCAUAUUUUUGGCGAGGCUUUUCUGUUGGCGUCACACAGGAUGUAUGCUUUUCUUAGAUAAACAUACGCACUAAACACACAGAUUCUCUUGCUGUGGAAGAACAUGUGCUUGAUAGCUCUUUGGCGCAUAGAACUACUAUUUGCUGUGAGCACUCAUUCGUGCAGAUGUAGAAGCUCCAGAUAGCUUUACUGUCGAGAAUUAAUGUUGUGGUGGUGAUUAAGAAAGGAAUUUCUUUUGUUAAUUACAUAGCUCAACAAGAUAAGGGAAGCAAGAGCUAUGACUUACAGUUUGAGAGGAGUGUGAUCAGGGAAAUGGGAAAUGCUGAAUUUUGUCAAUUUAUUCUCCGCUUGAGUCAGAAUUCCGUUCUCUUUUCUAGUUGGCUAUCUUGAGCUACCCAUUCAGUCUCUUUUCUUAUUUUGAAAUUUUUGCUACGUUUCAAGUGCAGGGACCACAUAGAGGAACCUUACAUACCUUGGGUCUUUGUUAAGAUCAAAUUGCAUUAUGCAUACUCAAAUUAUCCCCCUGCUUGCUUCUACUAAUUAGGAGGGAAUGUUCUUGUACAUAGUGUUUUACCAUUUAAAUGUGCUUGUGUGUACACAUUUAGUACCAUCUCUGCCAUUAUGCUGGAGGACACUAGGAGAAUAUUAACGUGAAUGUGACAUGAUUGAGGAUGAUUGAGUGGUGUAUUUAUCCCCACAGAGGCUACAAUUUUACAUGGGUUGGCACAUGGGAUUUGCGUAUGGUGAAUAUAUUAUAAUUUGAGUAUUUGAUGGGGCUCU